AUGGAAUUGACUUCCUUCAACUCAUCAAGUUUCAACCGUUUUAAAGCAAGAUACAGUGCCCUCUCUUCAUACUCUUUCAUACUUCACAAUUUCCAAAAAAAAAAGCUAAAUCAGAAUAUUUCACUUCCAUCCCUUGAGACCAGACCUGGAAGGCUUCCAUCUGAAAUCAAUGUUCUUCAAGGCGAGAGAGAAUUCGUUAGAGACAUCAAGUCUCUUGGAAGCUUCCGGUUGGAUGGAAUUCCUCGUGCUCCACGUGGGGUCCCACAAAUUGAAGUCAAGUUUGACAUUGAUGCAAAUGGCUCUGUAAAAAGAAUGGUGAAUGAAGUUGAGAAGUUUGAGAAAGAAGACAAGGAAAAAAGAGAAGCCAUAGACACAAAGAACCAAGCUGAUUCAGUGGUUUACCAGACAGAGAAACAGCUGAAAGAAUUGGGAGAGAAGGUUCCUGCUACAGUGAAAGAGAUGGUGGAGGAGAAGCUUGGGUUGUUGAAGGAGGCCAUAUCGGGUGGGUCAACACAGACCAUAAUAGAUGCCAUGGCUGCCCUAAAUUAA